AUGCCGGCCCCAGCGAUGCUGCCCCAAUCUCGAGGGCCCAACCUCCAGCUGUCGCUUGCCCUAGCUUUCUGUCGCGGCUAUUUCGAGCACAAUCUGGACAUCUCCAACCAGUCCACACUUGUGGACAUUGCAGUUCGUGUCCUCGGGUUCUCCGAGGCUGAGAUCCGAGCAUGUCUCGGCAGCGAAGAGUGGGCACGCUUGGUCGAGGUUCUUUCCAUUGAGGCACGAACACGUCUCCAGCAAGCACGACCAAAUGCGGAAAAGCCUGCCCGUUUCAUGGUCACCCACUCGAUUGGAAGCCAACGGAAGGCCUGCAACGGCCAUGGAAUAUGCUUUGGCGGCAGAAGGCAGUGGACUUGGGACGAGUGGCUUCCACAGGCUAGGAGAUCGACAUGCCAAUCACCAUUUUUUGCCACUAAGGAUUCAUUUGGCGCGUCCAAGCGCUCCAGUCUCGUAACAUUGAAAGUUGAUUUCCGUGUCAACCAAGCUGGCUCGUUGGAGCCCAAGUCUGCCAUGGCUGGUGCAGGCAUUUGCACGAACCUGACAACAUGGCCCACGCCGCCUCGCCGAGCAAAAUUGUCACGAAGUUGCGACUUUGUUCAGCUCACGCCGAAGUGA